CGAUUCGAGCCAAUCACACGUACUCUUCAACAUGUUUCGUGCUGUGGCCCGCCCGCUCGCCGCCCAAAGCCGCCGCCAGCCGUCCGCGCGCCACAUGAGCUCGAUCCCGACGGGGUCGAGCUCGCCGCUCACGCCACUUCUCCUCGGUGUCGGCGCCGGCCUCGUCUACUUUAACCGCCAGCGCCUCCUCAAGUCGCUCUGCGACCCGGUGCUCAUGCCCGCCGUGCGCCUCUUCGACCCCGAGACCGCGCACAUCCUCGCCGUCAAGGCCGCCAAGUAUGGCCUCAUUCCCAAGGACAAGCGCCACGACGACCCGAGCCUUCAGGUCACGGCCUUCAACCUCACGUUCGACAACCCGCUGGGUAUUGCCGCCGGCUUUGACAAGCACGCCGAAGCCAUGCAAGGGCUUCUCGACAUGGGCUUUGGGUUUGUCGAAAUUGGCAGCGUGACGCCGCUCGCGCAGAGUGGCAACCCCAAGCCGCGCGUGUUUCGGCUCACGGAAGACCGCGGUGUGAUCAACCGGUAUGGCUUCAACAGCGUUGGCGCCGACGUCGUCCAGAAACGUCUCCAGCGCUACGCCUACUGGGCGCUUGAGCGGCCGCAGUACGCGUCCGUGCGCGCGGGCCCCCUUGGCAUCAACCUCGGCAAGAACAAGACGUCGCCGAGCACGAUCGCCGACUAUGUCGCUGGCGUCGAGAAGCUCGGGCCGUACGGCGACUACCUGGUCAUCAACAUUUCGUCGCCUAACACGCCCGGCCUGCGCUCGCUCCAAGGCAAGCAAGAGCUGGAGGCGCUCGUCGCCGCGGUCCUCGAGGCCCGCAACAAGCUCUGGAAGCGGCUGCCGCUCCUCGUCAAGAUCGCGCCCGACCUCACGCUGGAGGACCAAAAGGACAUUGCGGACGUUGCUCUCGCGCUGCAAAUCGACGGGCUCAUCGUGUCCAACACGACCAUCUCGCGCCCUGAGUCCCUCCAUAGCGAGCACAAGGGGGAGACGGGCGGUCUUAGUGGCGCGCCGGUCAAAGACAUCUCGACCAAGGUGCUCCACUCGAUGUAUGCGCUCACGCAAGGCAAGAUCCCGCUCAUUGGCGUCGGCGGCGUCGCGACCGGUCAAGACGCGUAUGAGAAGAUCCGCGCCGGCGCGACCCUUGUCCAAAUGUACUCGUGCCUCGUGUUCGAUGGCCCGAUGGCCGUGCCGCGCAUCAAGGAAGAGCUCGCGGCGUGCUUGCAGCGCGAUGGCUUUGCCUCGGUCCACGACGCGAUCGGUGCUGCCCACGCGCCGACCGAGUAGGCCACUUGACUCUGAAGAAUUCAGUGGACGCUUGUAUUACUCCGGAAGCAUAUCGGUGAUGUG